GUUAAUGUUAGCUCGAGCCUUCACGAGAGACGACGCAUCUCUCUUGCCCGCCGUCGCAGCCUCCGCAGCAGUCCCGCUACUACUAUAUACACGCAACACCUCUAUAUAACGCCGUAUAUACCGCGUGAGAGCCAUACAACACGUUUACAUACGUAUACAUAGAGAGAGAGAGAAAGAACGGAAGACGUUUACACACGACGGUGUGUAAAAAGAGGAAGAGAAAAGAGAGACGGAGAGAAAAAGACUAUCAACCCGCGCAGAUAACGCACGUUGAUAAGACGCGCCGCCGGCUGCAAUCAAAAGGGAUCGUCUGACUUUUCACAAAAACCGCGCGCACGCACAUAUAAACAGCGCGCUCGAAUCUCUCGUCACGGAGAAACACGCCGGGCUGCGCUCGCGAGAUCCGAGACCAGCGGCCGCCAAGAGAGAAGCAGUUCCGCGUUCGUCGGUCCAGUGUUCGCGUCGCGUUUAGCUUUUGUCGGAGUCGCGUGGUCGACUCUGGUAGGAUCGAGAGGGGAAGGACGAGUGCCAAAAAGUGAGCGAAGGGAACGCAAAGGGGAUCUUGAUCUCGGCGGGCCCAGUGCGAGAAGCAGCGCAGGAAGAGUAAGAAAUAAGACGAAGAGGGAGAGACCCAGUUUUCUUGGGACGCAUCAGCCAGACGUACGAGAGGAGACCGAAAAGCGUGAGAUAGGCCAGGAGGAUAGAGAGUGCAAAAGCGAAUAACGAAAUGAUGCAUCGGCAGCAGAACACUCAAUCAUCGCCGUCCAACGACGAGUUCGCGAUGUAUCCGUCGGCCGCGUACUAUUCCUCGUGCUCGACGUUACCUUCGUCGACGUCAACGUCAAGGUCAUCGUCUCCGGCGUCAUCCUGUCCGCUCCUGAUGUCCGUCCUCACAUGGUCGUUGAUGCUCUUGCUGAUCUCAUCCUGCAUCGGCCUGGGCGCGGAUGCCGCCACCCUCAACGGUCAUCCAUUGGGCAAAAGGUCGUUCUUUGACAUCCAGUGCAAGGGCGUGUACGAUAAGAGCAUCUUCGCUCGUCUGGACCGCAUCUGUGAAGACUGCUACAACCUCUUCCGGGAACCGCAACUACACAUGCUUUGCAAGAAGGAAUGUUUCACCACGGACUAUUUCAAAGGAUGCUUAGACGUUCUGCUGCUGACGGACGAGGUUGGAAAGAUCCAAAUGUGGAUUAAGCAACUUCAUGGAGCUGAUCCCGGGGUUUAGGCAAAACUGCUUCAGCAAUCAAUACUUCACGAGCUGCAUCCAAGCGCUGCUGCUUGAGGACGAGAAGGAAAGAUUGCUGGAGAUGGUCGAGUACCUAGGUCGCAAGAAGUAAACGGGACAUAGUCGGAGCAACGACGCGCCGCACCACGAAGAAGACAACACCACACAGGCGGCACAUAACUACACACAUCUCAACACGGAUACACACACCAAUGCAUAAAACCGAGAAGGAGGUCGAUGGAGAACGUGAUGUUCCUAGCUCGAGCAAAGGACAAUGUGGAGAACGAGCAGACUUUUGAUGCAUCGUCGAUCAUCGUCGUUUCGCGCAUUGCGAGGAGCUUUUAACAAGAUUCUAUCUGUUUCACCUGAAGAGAGAAGGAAAGAGAGAGAGAGAGAGAGAGAGAGAGAGAGAGAGAGAAGACAUCCGGAAGUAUGGCAAGUGUCGCGUUGCAGAACGGCGAAUGAACAAAGCGACGAACACGCCGAUCUAACGCGCGCGCGAUCUGGCCUCCGGAUUCCAGAAUUUUGUCGGGAACUUCAGCAGAUUCCGAAUCGUCCACCUAGACGAUCUCAAGAACGACGCUACAGUACUUACGAUGUCCACGUGGAACGUUCGGAGAGAGGUUUGUGGAGGAGGAUUCCCCGUAACUGCGGCACAUGCGAUUUGUCGAUUGCGUGGAUGGAACGUUGGCUCGAUUGUGCGAUCUUAAAGAGUGUUCAUCGAGUGGAACAUCGGAUACGUAUACCGUGGACGUCGUGCUGUUUAACGUCAGCGAGUACUCGCGGUGCGAUAGAGAGCAAGGCAGAGAACGAGAGAAUUCGGGAAAAGAAAGAGAAACGGCGACCCUUCGCGGUGAGUCGCGUCGUUGCCUGACACGAUGAAGAACGAAGUUCUUAAACAAUACACACACUAAAUAACGAGACACACACGAGGAGCAGAACGGUACGAUUGAGCCAUACAACAAACGAACGAAGAAAAAACACACGCGCAUACAAACACACGCUACACACACAGCGAAUCCAUACGAAUUCUAGUCGAUAAAAUAUCUGCGCUCUCGCGCACCACGCCACUCGUUUUUAUUCGUUUAAUCAUUAAUUAUUAAUUGUCGUCAUUCAUCACUAUGUAGUAAUAGCAGUAAACUAUAUUAUUAUUAUUAAUAUUAUUAUUCGAUUACUAUUAUGUCUCGAUUAUAUUUUUUAUUACUAUUGCCAUUCUUCAUUCGCUCGUUAUUUAAUUAAUGAUUGAACUAUUAGUCAUUUAUGUGGAAAGCGCACGACAGACGAAGAGGAUAACGAAUAGAAUUGCUGAAUUCUAAAAUUCUUAAUGCGGUAAUGUCGCUAAAUAUGCGGUCAAAAAAAUCAGCAGGAAUAAAUGCGCGUAUUUGGUCAGAACGAGAAAAGGGCUAGACCCUCUUUUCUCUCAGUUCUCUUAGAGGAAAAAAGUAGAUCAAAGGUCCACCGGUCAUUCAAAUCCGAUCGCAUAAUUAUUAUUAAUAUUAUUAUUAUUAAUGAUUGUAUAUCAUAGUAGAAUUAUUGUUGUUAUUAUUGCAAUGCGCCGAUGUUUCUGUCCGGGUGAACGCACCGCAGCACGGUGGAAGACACGCUAAUAAUGUCAACGAUAUUCAAUUAUGCGAGUCGAAUGCUGCACGCGCGAACGUCCUCAAAAGCUUCAUCGAGCAGAGAGAAGGAGAAAGAAAGAGAAAGGAAGAUAAAGAGCUCUUCCUGUAAUUUAUUUGCUGGACACGAGCGACGUCCCGCGAACUCUCCACCGUGUCUUCCUCCGUGUUUGGCCGGCGACUCGUGGACUCGUGGAGACGAUCGCGUAUAAAACGCGUAGUAUUUAUUUAUUUUUUCACGUUCUUAAGUUAUAUAAGCGACACGUAGAGAAGCAAAAGAGUAUUAGCGCGCGUAACCGUAACCGAGAGAGCAGCGUCCGCGGGCGCGGCGGGGAAUCGCGCGCGCGCGUCCUCAAAGGCUGCACGUCCAAUUGGAUGAUUGCCCGAGUGUACGAUGUGUAAAACAACCCCGGGGGAAAAGUCAGUCCCCGACCAGGGACUCGUCCUCAACGAGAGCAAGACAAGUACAGAAGAACAGUACACGGGGAAUUAGCGAGAAUGCGCGGUAACGAACUUUGGGGAUCAAUUUUCAAGAUAAGAUUACGGAAUUAUAUAAAGUAACGAUUUUAUCAAUACAGUGACCAAAUUUUAAUCGUACUUGUAAUGUGUAAAUAUUUUUUUUUCGUCUACUCGGUAGACGAAAAUUAAAUUGGUGAAGACGCAUAGCUUAAUUAAUGUUUUCCUAAUUUUAUAUUUCGAGGAGGAUAACACUUUAUGAAAAAGGAAUUAAAUUUCUUUCAGCAUUAAAGUCGCAUUUUGUGCACGUGUUUUGUUCUUUUGUACACGUUUCUCUCGGUUUAUUAUUUUGCGCGCAAAACGAAUAUCUCGCCGUGCCCGUGUGAUAUUAUCGCCAAGAGGAUUACGAACCAUUCCAAAAUCAGUAUUGAGAGCAUUCCAUCUCCGCGACUUUCAGGCUGCGGGCUUCAGGUUCCGACUUCGGAAACUCGUGCACUUUGAGGCGAAGCUCAAAUUCACAUAACUGCCCAGUCAUUUACCAUUUUACGUUUAUACGUUCGUAUUUACUUUGCGCUCAUCCGAAAGAUUAGAAGAAAUGAUAUCAUCGUCAUCAUAUUAUUUAUUUAGCGUAUGUUGAAGAUCGCACUGUAUCUUGCGAGUUCUUUUUAUUCUCUAUAGCCUUUAAAAAUAUAGUCGUAUACUCUCAAGUGCAUAUUCCGAAGUCGACCUGAUCCUUGAACACGAGCAUCUUCCGAAGCGUCCGAAAAUCAGCAUUCUUAUUUAUAUGCAACGUAAACGAAAGCAUCGACCGAAUCGCGCACGCGAUUGCACGCGGCAAUGUCGACAGGUAGUAAUAAUGUUAUCGUCAUACACGCGUAAACGUUGUAACCGUAUCGUAAUGUAUUCAUAAAAUCGACAAGAAUGUGAAGUGUCUCGUAAAAAAUAUUUUGCCAUAUUUCCACACAUGUGGCCUUACAGAAAUAUUUCUUACGUAUUCGCACUAUCUCAUCGUAUCACGAAUAUCGCUUCUAAAAAUAGCAGAUUUCAAGAGAAAGACGCGGACGUCCUUGCGGAAACGCGAGCAUUGACCGACGAGUGUUCGUGACCCGUCUGAGAGCAUUAAUCAGCUAAACGAGCGCUUCCCGUUUCACACCUGUCGAUGCGAAUUUAAGGCUGCAAUCGCGCGCGGGCUCGUCCUUCGUCGAUGCGCGCAAAACGAGGAUAUGCGCGCGGGAAAGCUGCGAGCGUGCGUGCACGCUGGAUACGUUUUUUUUCCUUUUCUUUCUCGUUUUCUCCCGCUUUUUUUCUUUUCUUCCGGCACCGGGAUGGACGCGUAACACGCCACGCGCGAGCAGACGAUACACUCUUACGAUGACGCGCCAACUUUCGCUGGAUAAUUCUUAUUUCACUUGUAAAUGACAAUGCGCGCGCGCGCGUUGAGUGUUUUGAUUUACGCCCGCGAAUGCAUGCAUGUAUACGGACACGCGGGGAGAUGUGGGCGUGCAUAGAUAGCGCACGUCCGUCAAUGCGAAGGAAAGCCACACAUGUAUACUCCAAUACGCAUCUACACGCAGGAAAUGUCAAAAUCCGAGAAACCGAACGAAAAGAAAUGAGAAAGGGCUGAGGAAUCGUAUCCUAUCCAAUUAAUGUAAAAUUAUAUUAUAUAUACAUAUAAUAUGUAAUGUGUAUACACGCAUUUCGUAUACGCAUUUCGAGGAUGCGUAUCACGCGCGUAUAUUGUAUGUAUAUGGACGGAUGUGUACGUGAGUACAAUUAGCGACACGGAUAUCCAAGUCUAUUCUUGUUUUGCGUGAAUAAACGGGUGAAUCAAAGGUCAA